UACGCCGACUAUGCCACAAAGAAGUCGAGACAAGUUGUUGUCAGACAAUCGUGGCUCAAUGUGUACAAAACUAAAAGUAUAGGGGAGGAAAUCGAUGUCUUUAAAAAUAUAUCUAUAUUAGAUACUCGCAAUAGACAUGACGGAAAUGUUUUCAAAUCUGUAUGGGCAAAAUGAAGCUCAGGGACCACCCGGAUCAUCGUCUUUGGGAUUCGGACCGGGAAAACCAACACCGCCUCUGCCGCCAAAUCAAGUCACAAUAGCGGCUCAGAUGCCACCUCAGCACGGGGAUGAGGGGCCUGCUCUACGGAAGCCGGGAGCAAUGAACGAACCUUUUUAUUUACUGCGAGAGCUACCAGUGGGCAAUGAGCUGACGGGCAACACCAACCUAAUCACCCAUUACAACCUGGAACACGCCUACAACAAGUUCUGUGGCAAGAAGGUUAAGGAGAAGCUCAGCAACUUCCUGCCAGAGUUACCAGGUAUGAUAGACUGUCCUGGCACCCAGGAUGGCAGUUCAUUGCGCUCUCUGAUAGAGAAGCCUCCAGUGUGUGGCAACUCCUUCAGCCCUCUGACCGGAGCCAGCCUCACCGGCUUCAGACUACACACCGGACCUCUACCAGAGCAGUACAGACUGAUGCACAUACAGCCCCCAAAGAAGAAGAGCAAAAACAAGCACAAACACCACCGACCACAAGAUCCCAUACCACAAGAAACCCCGUCAGACUCUGACCCCAAGAAGAAGAAGAAAAAGAGGGAUGACGACCCCGAUCGCAAGAAGAAAAAGAAGGACAAGAAAAAGAAGAAGAACCGCCACAGUCCGGACCACCCUGGCUUGGCUGGCUCUCAGCCCAACAGCAACAGCCUCCGAUAGACCAGACAGACACGGUGUGUGUGUGAGGAGCAGCGUGUGAGUGUGUUUGAAGAGAAUCAGGAACUUUUUGUGAGAAUGUAUGCAGAUACGAGAGAUUAUGCAUUUGUGAGAGAGGGAUACGCAAAUGUCUGUUUGUACAGUAUGUGAGUUUGUGAGAAAGUGUGUGGGUGGCAGAAUGGAUGUGAGCAUGGUAGAGUAAUGUUGUUACAGUAUGACAGACAGAAGGUCACUGAUGUUCUGACUGAGUACAGUGCCUUCGGAAAAGUAUUCAAACCCCUUGACCUUUUCCACAUUUUGUUACGUUAGUCUUAUUCUAAAAGUGAUUCAAUUGUUUUUUUCCCUCAUCAAUCUACACAGAAUACCCCAUAAUGACAAAGCAAAAACAGGUUUUUAGACAUUUUUGAUAAUUUACAGUACCAGUCAAAAGUUUGGACUAGAGGUCGACCGAUUAUGAUUUUUCAACGCUGAUACCGAUUUAUUGGAGGACCAAAAAAAACCUAUAGCGAUUAAUCGGCCAGUUUUUAAAUUUGUAUUUAUUUAUUUGUAAUAAUGACAAUUACAACAAUACUGAAUGAACACUUAUUUUAACUUAAUAUAGUACAUCAAUAAAAUCAAUUUAGCCUCAAAUAAUAUUUAGCCUCUAUACUAUUUGUAUUUCAUAUACCUUUGACUAUUGGAUGUUCUUAUAGUCACUUUAGUAUUGCCAGUGUAACAGUAUAGCUUCCGUCCCUCUCCUCGCUCCUACCUGGGCUUGAACCAGGAACACAUUGACAACAGCCACCCUCAAAGCAGCGUUACCCAUGCAGAGCAAGGGGAACAACUACUCCAAGUCUCAGAGCGAGUGAUGUUUGAAACGCUAUUAGCGCGCACCCUGCUAACUAGCUAGCCAUUUCACAUCGGUUACACCAGCCUAAUCUCGGGAGUUGACUGGCUUGAAGUCAUAAACAGCGCAAUGCUUGGAGCAUUGCAAAGAGCUGCUGGCAAAACGCAUGAAAUUGCUGUUUGAAUGAAUGCUUACGAGCCUGCUGGUGCCUACCAUCGCUCAGUCAGACUGCUCUAUCAAAUCAUAGACUUAAUUAUAACCUAAUAACACACAGAAAUACGAGCCUUAGGUCAUUAAUAUGGUCGAAUCCAAAAACUAUCAUCUCAAACAAAAUGUUUAUUCUUUCAGUGAAAUACGGAACCGUUCCGUAUUUUAUCUAACGGGUGGCAUCCAUCAGUCUAAGUAUUCCUGUUACAUUGCACAACCUUCAAUGUUAUGUCAUAAUUACGUAAAAUUCUGGCAAAUUAGGCGGCCCAAACUGUUGCAUAUACACCGACUCUGCGUGUAAUGAACGCAAGAGAAGUGACACAAUUUCGCCUGCUAACCUGGAUUUCUUUUAACAAAAUAUGCAGGUUUAAAAAUAUAUACUUCUGUGUAUUGAUUUUUAGAAAGGCAUUGAUGUUUAUGGUUAGGUACAGUCGUGCAACGAUUGUGCUUUUUUCGCAAAUGCGCUUUUGUUAAAUCAUCCCACGUUUGGCGAAGUUGGCUGUCUUUGUUAGGAAGAAAUAGUCUUCACACAGUUCGCAACGAGCCAGGCGGCCCAAACUGCUGCAUAUACCCUGACUCUGUUGCAAGAGAAGUGACGAAGAAAUUCACGUUUUCAGGCAAUAUUCACUAAAUAUGCAGGUUUAAAAAUAUAUACUUGUGUAUUGAUUUUAAGAAAGGCAUUUAUGUUUAUGGUUAGGUAAACGUUGGAGCAAGACUGUCCUUUUUUUCAUGAAUGUGCACCGCAUCGAUUAUAUGCAACACAGGACACGCUAGAUAAACUAGUAAUAUCAUCAACCAUGUGUAGUUAACUAGUGAUAAUGAUUGAUUGAUUUUUAUAAGAUGAGUUUAAUGCUAGCUAGCAACUUACCUUGGCUUCUUACUGCAUUCGCGUAACAGGCGAGGCAGGUGGUUAGAGCGUUGGACUAGUUAACCGUAAGAUUGCAAGAUUGAAUCCUCGAGCUGACAAGGUAAAAAACAGUCGUUCUGCCCCUGAACUUGGCAGUUAACCCACCGUUCCUAGGCCGUCAUUGAAAAUAAAAAUGUGUUAUUAACCGACUUGUCUAGUUAAAUAAAGGUGUAAAAAAAUAUAUAUAUAUUUAUCCGCCAAAUCGGUGUACAAAAAUACAGAUUUCCAAUUGUUAUGAAAACUUGUAAUCGGCCAUUCCGAUUAAUCGGUCGACCACUAGUUUGGACACCUACUCAUUCAAGAGUUUUUCUUUAUUUUUACUGUUUUCUACAUUGUAGAAUAAUGGUGAAGACAUCAAAACUAUGAAAUAACACACAUGAAUAAUGUAGUAACCAAAAAAGUGUUACUACAUUUUGUAUUUGAUCUUUUUCAAAGUAGCCACCCUUUGCCUUGAUGACAGCUUUGUACACUCUUGACAUUCUCUCAACCAGCUUCACCUGGAAUACUUUUCCAACCAUCUUGAAGGAGUUAAUUUAUAUGCUGAGCUCUAGUUGGCUGCUUUUCCUUCACUCUGUGGUCCAGCUCAUCCCAAACCAUCUCAAUUGAGUUAAUUAUGAUUGAGUGAUUGUUGAGGCCAGGUCAACACUCCAUCACUCCUUUUUGGGCAAAUAGCCCUUAUACAGCCUUAUGCAGCCUGUGUUUUGGGUAAUUGUCCUGUUGAAAAAUAAAUGAUAGUCCCACAAAGCGUAAACCAGAUGGGAUGGCGUAUCGCUGCAGCAUGCUGUGGUAGCCUUGCUGGUUAAGUGUGCCUUGAAUUGUAAAUAUAUCACAGACAGUGUCCCCAGAAAAGCACCAUCACACCACCUCCUCCAUGCUUCAUGUGGGAACCACGCAUGCAGAGAUCAUUCGUUCACCUACUGCGUCUCACGAAGACACAGUGGUUAGAACCAAAAAUCUCAAAUUUACACUCAUCAGACUAAAGGACAGAUUUUCACAGGUCUAAUGUCCAUUGUUUGUGUUUCUUGGCCCAAGCAAGUCCCUUUUUAUUGGUGUCCUUUUUUAGUAUUGGUUUCUUUGCAGCAAUUCGACCAUAAAGGCCUGAUUCACACAGUGUCUGUUACUUGAACUCUUGUUUGGGCUGCAAUUUCUGAGACUGGUAACUCUAAUGAACUUAUCUUCUGCAGCAGAGGUAACUCUUGGUCUUCCAUUCCUGUGGCGGUCCUCACGAGAGCCUGUUUCAUCAUAGCGCUUGAUGGUUUUUGAGACUGCGCUUGAAGAAACCUUAGCGGUUUGUGAAAUGUUCCAGGUUACACUGACCUUCAUGUAUUAAAGUAAUGAUGGACUGUUGUUUUUUCUUUGUUUAUUUGAGCUAUUCUUGACAUAAUAGUGCUAUUUGGUAAAAGACCAAGUCCAUAUAUUCUGUACUCCACCCCUAACUAGUCACAAUACAACUGAUUGGCUCAAACGAAGGAAAAAAAAUCCACAAAAUAACUUUGAACAAGGCACACCUGUUAAUUGAAAUGCAUUCCAGGUGACUACCUCAUGAAGCUGGUUGAAAGAACGCCAAAAGUGGACAAAGCGGUCAUCAAGGCAAAGGGUAGCUACUUUGAAGAAUCUCAAAUAUAAAAUACAUUUUGAUUUGUUUAACACUUUUUUUGGUUACUACAUGAUUCCAUGUGUUAUUUCAUAGUUUUGAUGCCUUAACUAUUAUUCUACAAUGUAAAAAAAAUAAAGAAAACCCUUGAAUGAGUAGCUGUGUCCAAACUUUUGACUUGUACUGGCUGUCUCCAGUUAACCUGGUCGUGCUGUUGCUCCAGUUAAAAUUAUUCUGCCAGCGGCAGAAUCCUGACAUGUUCACCGGACGUGCUACCUUGUUCCGGACCUGUUCUUUUCGACUCUACCGCACCUGCUUUCUCGACCUCUGAAUGCUCGGCUAUGAAAAGCCAACUGACAUUUACUCGUGAGGUACUGACCUGUUGCACCUUCUGCAACCAUUGUGAUUAUUAUUUGUCCCUAAUGGUCAUCUAUGAACGUUUGUUCUUCAAGAUGUUCAGUCUCGCCUCAAAUGGACUCCACCCGGCCACCUCUUAGAGCCUGGUUCCUCUCUAGGUUUCUUCCUAGGUUCCUGCCUUUCUAGGGAGUUUUUCCUAGCCACUGUAAUUCUACAUCUGCAUUGCUUGCUGUUUGGGGGUUUAGGCUGGGUUUCUAUAUAGCACUUUGUGACAUCUGCUGAUGUAAAAAGAGCUUUAUAAAUAUAUUUGAUUACUGUAUACAAAAUGAACGGGAAUAUAACAUUUACAUAAGUAUUCAGACAAUUUACUCAAUACUUUGUUGAUGCACCUUUGGCAGCGAUUACAUCAUUGAUUCGUCUUGGGUAUGACACUACAAGCUUGGCAUCCCUGUAUUUGGGGAGUAUCUCACAUUAUUCUCUGCAGAUCCUCUUAAGCUCUGUCAGGUUGGGUGGGGGGCUUUGCUGCUUGCAAUUUUCAGGUCUCUCCAAAGAUGGUCGUCCGGGUUCUGGCUGGGCCACUCAGAGAUUUGGACCGAUGCCACUCCUGCGUUGUCUUGGCUGUGUGCUUAGGAUCGUUGUCCUGUUGGAAGGUGAACAUUUGCCUCCAGUCUGAGUAUCUGAAUGAUGUGGAGCAGGUUUCUAUCAAGGAUCUCUCUGUACUUUGCUCCGUUCAUCUUUGCCUCGAUUCUGAAUAGUCUCUUCGUCCCUGCCGCUGAAAAACAACCCCACAGCAUGAUGCUGCCACCAUGCAUCACCGUAGAGAUGGUGCCAAGUUUCCUCCAGACGUGACACUUGGCAUUCAGGCCAAAGAGUUCAUUUGUGGUUUCAUCAGACCAGAGAAUCUUGUUUUUCAUGGUCUGAGUCACCUUUAGUUUCCUUUUGACAAACUCCAAGCUGGCUGUCAUUGUGCCUUUUACUGAGGAGUGGCUUCCAUCUGGUCACUACCAUAAAGGCCUGGUUGGUGGAGUGCAGAGGAACUCGAGAGCUGUCAGAGUGACCAUCGGGUUCUUGGUCACCUCCCUGACCAAGGCCCUUCUCGCCCAAUUGCUCAGUUUGGCUGGGCGGCCAGCUCUAGGUUGUGUUGGUUCCAAACCUCUUCCUUUUAUUAAGGAUGGAGGGCACUGUGUAGUUGGGGACCUUCUGAUUGAUGAUGCAGACAUUUUUUUGGUACCCUUCACCAGAUCUAUUUUUUACAUUUUUUUUAUUUUACCUUUAUUUAACUAGGCAAGCUAAGAACAAUUUCUUAUUUUCAAUGACGGCCUAGGAACAGUGUGUUAACUGCCUGUUCAGGGGCAGAACGACAGAUUUGUACCUUGUCAGCUCGGGGGUUUGAACUUGCAACCUUCCGGUUACUAGUCCAACGCUCUAACCACUAGGCUACCCUGCCGCUCUAUGCCUCGACACAAUCCUGUCUCGGAGCUCUACUGACAAUUCAUUAGAUCUCAUGGCUUGGUUUUUGCUCUGACAUGCACUGUCAACUGUGGGACCUUUAUAUAGACAGGUGUUUUCCUUUCCAAAUCAUGUCCAAUCAAUUGAAUUUACCACAGGUGGACUCCAGUCAAGUCAUUGAUCAUCCUUGAGCUUUUUCUAUGGAAACAGGAUGCACCUGAGCUCAAUUUCAAGUCUCAUAGCAUAGGUUCUGAAUACUUACUUGCAUAAGGUAUGUUUUUAUUUAUUUUAAAUACACUUGCAAACAUAUCUAAAAACCUGUUUUCACGUCAUUAUGGGGUAUUGUGUGUAGAUUGCUGAGGAUUUUUUAUUUGAUUUAAUCCAUUUUAGAUUAAGGCUGUAACGCAACUUAAUGUGGAAAAACUCAAGGGGUCUGAAUACUUUCCGAAGGCACUGUAUAUGAUGAGUGUCCCUUUUUCAUUUGUUUGGGAUAUUCUGACUACAAAUUAUAUUCCAAUAAACUUUUAUUAUUGUC